UGCGCUAUCCCUUGUCUGACCUCUGCCGACUUUGGUUCAUGCUCGCAGACAGAUCUCCAAUGCCUCUGCACGUCGAGCUCAUUUAUCUCCUCCACCACCCAGUGCAUCGAGUCCUCAUGCACUGGCAGCGAUCUUGACCAGGCUGAGGCUGCCGCUCGCUCUGGUUGUGCCGCCAUCGUG